AUGUCGCUCCUAAACAGUACCUCAACAUGGGAACUUGGGCUCUCUAUUAGCAUUUUACUGUUGUGUGCCGCCAUUACCGUCCUUUUCAGUAUCCUAAAAGCCAAGACACCUAAGCCAGUUCUGCGACCAGAUUCGUUUCUAGAACUCAGCCUUUCCCAUAAGACGCAGCUGUCGCCUAACACAGCCCUCUAUCGGUUCGACUUGCCACAACCGACCGACGUACUCGGCAUCCCCAUCGGCCAGCAUGUAUCUGUGGCGGCUCCCAUCGGCAGCCCACCGAAGGACAUACUGCGAAGUUACACUCCAGUGUCGGACGACACAAGCCCUGGUCAUGUCGAUCUAAUCAUCAAGUCUUACCCCAGCGGCAACGUUUCCAAAUACGUUGGCCAACUAGCUGUUGGGCAGACCAUCAAGUUCCGAGGUCCCAAAGGGGCAUUCCGGUACACACCAAACAUGGUUCGUGAGAUCAGCAUGAUUGCCGGCGGCACAGGUAUCACCCCCAUGUAUCAGAUUGCGCGGAGCAUUGUUAGGGGUCGCGCCAAUGGCGAUAAAACCAAGGUCAGCCUCAUUUACGCCAACGUCGGGCCCGAGGACAUUCUGCUGCAGGACGAGCUGAAUGAUCUAGCUCGCAAAGAUGGCAACUUCAGCGUCUACUAUGUUCUUAACAAACCCCCUCCCGGAUGGGCUGGCGGGGUUGGAUUCGUCAACCAAGACAUGGUGAAGCAAAAUUUAGCCACGCCCGCAGACGAUGUCAAAUUACUCAUCUGCGGUCCUCCGCCUAUGGUAUCGGCAAUGAAGAAGAUCGCUGAAAGCCUAGGCUUUGCUUCCCCUCGGCCUGUCAGUAAACUUGAAGAUCAGGUCUUUUGCUUCUGA